CAUGUCAUGCUUUGGUGUCUACUCUCGACGUGCCUGCCCCCGGCUGACGCGCUGCCUGUCUUAGCCGGUGCCGUUCUACAUGAAGGACAACAGGGGCAAUAGGUUCGGCGUGGCGCCUGACAAGGGAACUCUGAACGGGCCCGUCACUACCGAGGCCAACCUGACAGAGAUCCUCGACCACAAGCCAAAGAAAGUCUCUGGGCCGCACGGCCCGCACCAGCGCAGAGCGUCGUCGGACGGGUUCUGGGUCGACAACCUGUCGCAGCUGGGCGAGAUGCCCCUCGCCCCGUCGGGCUACACCGUCUUCCGCAACGUCAAGGACUACGGCGCCAAGGGCGACGGCUCGACGGAUGACACGAUGGCCAUAAACAAGGCCAUCUCGGACGGGAACCGCUGCGGCAAGGACUGUGGCUCAACCACCACGCUCGGCGCCAUCAUCUACUUCCCGGCCGGCAUCUACCUCAUCAGCAGUCCCAUCAUCCAGUACUUCUACACGCAGUUCAUCGGCGACCCGAACAACGUCCCUAUCAUCCGCGGCAGCAAGAACUUCACGGGCAUCGCUCUGAUCGACACGGAUGUCUACAUCCCCGGCGGCAACGGAGCCGAGUGGUACAUCAACCAGAACAACUUCUUCCGCUCCAUCAAGAACUUCAACCUGGACCUGACCUACAUGAACGCCACCAACUACGACAACGACCAGCAGUACUUCCCGACCGGCAUUCACUGGCAGGUGGCGCAGGCGACGUCGCUGCAGAACAUCGGCAUCAACAUGCCGACCAGCACCUCGACGCAGCCGGCCACGGCGGUGGGCAUCUUCAUGGAGAACGGGUCGGGCGGCAUGAUCUCGGACAUUGUGUUCUACGGAGGCAACAUCGGCUUCGUGGCCGGCUCGCAGCAGUUUACCGCGCGCGGGCUCACCUUCACCAACUGCCUGACGGCGGUCAACAUGCUCUGGAACUGGGGCUUCACGUGGUCGCAGAUCACCAUCAACAACGUCUACGUGGGCUUCAACGUCAGCUCCAACGGCGGGUCGACGGGCCAGGGCACCGGGUCCAUCGCCAUCAUCGACUCCGUCUUUAACCAUGCCGAGUGGGGCGUCACGACGCACACGGGCGGCGACCCGCCGGCCAUCAUCCUGGAGAACGUGCACAGUCAGGGCAGCACGUCCAUGGUCCAGGUGUCGGGCGGCGCGACGACGCUGACGGUGAGCGACCCGGCCACCAUCGACUUCUGGGCCUCGGGCUACCGCUACAUCGCGGCCAACGGCACCGGCAGCGACGUGACGGGCUACCUCUCCAAGCCGCCGGCGCGGCCGGCCAGCCUGGUCAACCAGGCCGGCGAGUAUUUCUGGCAGGACCCGCCGCUAUACUCGACGCUGACGGCCUCGUCCUUCGUGGUGGCCACGGAGUCGGGCGUGGCCAACGACGGCACGGGCGACCAGACGGCGGCCAUCAACGCGCUGCUCAAGAACAACGUCGGCACGCCCAUCUUCUUCCCCGCGGGCAUCUACCAGGUCCAGGGCACGGUGCAGGUCCCCGUCGGCUCCAUCAUCGUCGGCUCGGCCUGGUCCCAGAUCAGGGGCACGGGGAGCUACUUUGAAGACGCGGACAACCCGCAGGUUAUGGUGCGGGUGGGCAACCCGGGCGAGUCGGGCGUGAUCCAGAUCUCCGACAUGCUCUUCACCGUCAAGGGUCCGACGGCUGGGGCCAUCCUCAUGGAAUGGAACGUGCACGAGUCAACCCAAGGCUCUGCGGCCAUGUGGAACUCGCACUUCCGCGUCGGGGGGGCUACUGGGAGCGACCUGCAGCUGGCCGACUGUCCAACCGGCAGCGGGGUCAACAAGAACUGCAUGGCUGCCUCGUUGCUGCUGCACCUUACCCCGAAGUCGUCGGGCUACUUUGAGAACGUGUGGGCCUGGGUGGCCGACCACGACCUCGACAACCCCCUCAACGCGCAGAUCACCGAGGGCACGUCGGGCGUGCCGGAGAACGUGCAGACCGACAUCUCGGUGUACGCGGCGCGUGGCGUCCUCAUCGAGUCCAAGGGCCCGUGCUGGUUCUACGGCACAGCGUCCGAACACGCCACGCUGUACCAGUACGAGCUGAGCGAGGCCAGCGACAUCUACUUCGGCCACGUGCAGACAGAGACGCCCUACUACCAGCCGGUGCCCGAGGCGCCGGCCCCCUUCACGCCGGGCGGGUUCCCGGCGGACCCGGACUUCAGCAGCUGCAAUAGCAGCUCCUGCAAGGAGGCCUGGGCCAUGCGCAUCGUCGAGUCGUCCAACGUCAUGAUCUACUCUGCCGGCUUCUAUAGCUGGUUCAGCAACUACGACCAGGGCUGUCUCCCCACCGAGUCGUGCCAGCAGCGCCUCUUCUCGGUCGAGGACUCGGACCUGGUCUGGGUGUUCAACCUGUUCACCAAGGGGACGGUCGAGAUCGCCAGCACGGGCCGCGCCCCGGCAAUCCUCACCAACGCGACCACGCAGAGCGGGUACACGUCCGAGAUCAACAUCUGGCUGCCGUUGGCCGAGUCCGGCGGCAAGGGGAGCGGCAGCUUCGGUGACGGCAACGUCGUCUACGUGGACCCGGACAUCUGGACCAACCCGAACGAGUCGGUCGGCUGCCUGCCGCCGUGCACCCUGCUCUUCCCGCCCCUGCCGCUGCCCACGCCCAUCACGGUCACCUGGCCGCCCUACGGCACGGGCCUCUACUCGCUCACGGACAGCUCGACGGUGACGGUCACCACGACCAUCAGCAUCCCGCCCUUCACCAUCAGCUCCAUCCCCUUCUGGCCCGUGACCAUCCAGCCGGGCGACCCGUCGACGGGCGUCAUCUCGCCCGUGCAGAGCGUCAUGCCGCCGUCGACCACCAUCGUGCUGCCGCCCGGGCUGGCGCCCAUCAGCGUCACCGACGGCACCAUCGGCCCGACCUCGGGCGCGACGAGCAGCACCAGCACCAACACCACGUACCCCUUCGGCUACAUCACCUACAGCCCGCUGCCUCCCGUCUUCGUCACGACGAGCUCGACCAUCACCAUCCAGCCCAUGCCCACGAUCGCGGUGACCAUCCCGCCGUCGGACACGCCGACGGGCUCGCCCUCGCCCUCGGUCACCACGUCGCACACGGUGCCGUACACGCGCAGCAGCACGGGCACCUCGCCCAGCUGCACGCGGGAGCCCUGCGGCAGCGGCAACUGCCUGUUCGGCUGCAACGGCGGCUGCGGGCUCUUCGGCUGCAACGGCGGCUGCGGCAUCUUUGGCUGCGGCGGCGGCGGCUGCGGCCUGUUUGGGUGCGGCGGCGGCGGGUGGAACCAGGGCGGGUGCGGGCCGGCGGGCUGCGGCUGCUUCCUCGGGUGCGGCGGCGGCGGCGAGGACGGCCACGGCGGCGGCGGCUGCAACGGGCCGACGUGCCUGGGCAACGACAACCCGGACGACGAGUGCCAGGGCGACGACUGCGAGUGCGAGCCGACCAAGACGGUCACGUCGUGCCGCGUCGUGUGCACGGCGACGGCGCGGCCGACCGCGACGGUGACGGGCUCGUGCACCACGUCGACGUGCGAGGUGACGAGCUGCGGCCGCGACACCACCGUCACGACCACCACCACCACCACGCCGGGCGAGGAGAUCCUCGCCACCGCCGCGGCCACGGACCCGCUGUGGACCGAGGACGUCACGGCCGCCUUCGUCACGACCAUCUACAGCGAGUUCACCAGCUGGUGGGACUACGAGAACUCGGCGGCGGCAUCGGACACCGGCACCGGCGGCGGCAGCGGCGGCCCUACCACCACGACGCCCGCUCCCACGCCGUCGCCCUGGAUGGCGCGCAUCUACGCCUGCAUGGGCGAGUUUCCGGCCGGCGUCUUCCCGGCGGUCUCGUACUUCUGGGCCGAGCUGGACUACUCGUCCGGGGCGGCGCCGACGGGCACGGGCACCGACUUCUGCAACUCGCUCGAGCUCAAGACGUCCAACAUGGGCGGCAACAACAAGGCCACCGACUACCCGGCCACCUUCACGAUCCCGGGCACCAUCCACGGCGCCUACUCCAGCUGCACCUACUUCGACCCCAGCGCGCCCGACCCGGCCGUCGGCUCGCUGACCUGCGCCGGCCUGGCCACGCCCGUGCCGUGCCCGCCCAUCACCAGCGUCGCCCAGUCCUCCUGCAUCGACGGGACGCUCGAGCAGAACAUCGCGUUCAAGCCCCUGGCCGACUGUGCGCUGCCGACUCGGUGAGGGGGAGGUGGAGCCGGUAUUUAUUAAGGUUCUAUAGCCAUACAUGAUGUAGUGUACCUUACUUUCGAAGAGAUGAAUAAAGAUCAAUGUAGUUACCACAGCGCGCCACGCCGGGGG